GGGUUACUGCUAUAAGCCAUCCCAAAAAGGUACCGCGCCUCAGCCUCGAAAGCGACAGAGAAUCGCCCGCUCAUCGGGAGCCCACACCUCCAUCUGGUCAAGGCUGCUCGUUAUAGCAGUGCCUCUGUUGGAGAGGCUAUCUUUGUACAACAACAUGUCGUCCAGUUUCAUCGCCCGUGGAGUCGCUGCAGGUCCCAAGGCCUCUCCUUUCACGUCGCUUCCCCCCUUCCCCUUCAUUUUCCCCUUUCUCAUCUCUUGUCCUGGCCCUCGGCGACGCACGCAACCCAACCCCAUCCGUGACCGCAACCACCAUCUGCCAGAAGGCUGAGCCCGUGCUUCCGUGCUUGACGUUGCUGCGCGCUCCAUACCUACCUCCCUCUUUCCCUCCCUCACGCCUUAUCCCUCUUGUACACAUCGGCGUCUCUAUAUCUCACCCCUCUAGCUACCCAGCCCUAGAGCCUCUCCUUAUACAAACACCCCUGCCUUUCGGCAGCUCACCCUUUCUCGCUCGCUCACCUAUUUCCAUCCGCAUCUCUUUUUUUGUCUGGGGCAGAAGCCGUCCGGCCGGGGCUGUGUGCAGAUUACUGGUCGGGGACUCCCACCAUGGCUAGCCUUAAGUUCAUCAUGGACCCGGAGGUCGACCUGCCCAGCCAUGAGACUAUAAGGGCCCCGGCAUCCUUCGCCACACCCUUGACCUCCCCUGCUCCAGAAUCUUCGGCACAUCAAGGUCAUUCCUCCACCUCCGGUCAAGACCACAGCAACUACUACAACACCAUCGACGGCUAUCGCAUCAACAUCAAUAAGGAGACGAACACUGGCCACCCACCACCGCCAUUGACCGCAGCAGCAACGACCACGGCAACACCAGACGCACGCGCUUCAGCGGCGGCCUCGUCGCUGCUAUCACGGAAAAGGCACCCUGGCUUGUUGGAGGGCGCACCAAGGUCUCCGGGAGCCACUUCGUCGUCUUCAAGGCACGCAAACCCGCGCCCUCGAAGCACAACGAGCCCGGACUCGAUGGACGGCCACAGCUACCCACCGCCCACCCCGAUGGGGGCGAGUGGAAGAGGGGCGGGAGUAGGGGAAGCUCCCGCGGGAAGAGGUGGAAUCCCACGGCGGGGGUGUAUCGUGGGGGGCAUGGGCCAGUUGGACCAUCCGACGAGGCCGAUGCCUCCUCACCCGCCAACCGAGUCCCCUGUCCGACUGACCCCCAUCACAGGCCGUAUCAGCCGCGCGAAGAAGGGCCAACCGGUCCACAUCUGCACCGUCUGCAGACCGUCAAAGACAUUUACUAGGGCCGAACAUCUGAGGCGCCACCAGCUCAGUCACCGGACCCCAGGGUUCGCGUGUGAAUGGCCCGGAUGUGAUCGCGCCUUCCACAGGCACGAUUUACUUGUGCGACACCAGCAGAAACAUGAGCAAGAGGGAGAUGGAGCUUCGUCAGGUCCCAGGAGGGGGUCCUCUGGCAUGGUUACUUUAACACCGACCUCAACUUGCGAAGUGCCCUCGACCCCAAACAUGCCGACGCCGGCGAACCACGGCUCUAGAGAUGCGGCCAUCUCAAGGGCCUCGCCCCACCACAUUGGCAGAGACUAUGGCGACAGGUCUUCUCUCUCGCGGCAGCGACAGGACCCGUACAACAACGGCGAAUUCAUCCUUUCGAACCCAGGUUCGAAUCCGGUUCCAUCGAGCAUAUCAACACCAACGACUCUCAGCCAUACCGGCUACGUAUCCCAUCAGCCCCGAGUUCCGAUAAAUCUGAAUGUUGUCACCCAGGGGCUUCAGGAUCCGCCCAUCCACAGCCAGGACGGGCCGAUCCCGGAUCUGACCUCCACUACCGACGUAUCCAUUUCGUCGCCAUGGGCAUCCUCAACGGACAGCACCUACUCAACUACACCAUCAGAGGCUCGCGGGCACCCGCAGGCUGCCUGGAUCCCAAGCUCAGGGUCGCCACAUCGCGAGUGGCUCCCUACGUACCAUACAGUCAACGAUCCCCUCACAGUCCCUUACCCGUUUCCUUCGUCUCCACACCCGCUGGUGUCCCCCCACCCGGGAUACUCUGUUCAUCCAGUGAGCCACAACAGCCAUUAUACCAUCAUGGACGUAAUGGGCAGUGCCUUUUCGGCCCCUGAGGAUCUGUCCCAAAGCCUCCACCACCAAGCCAUGGGUGUCGACUCCGGGUCCUCUGCCGGUGUAAACCAUGGCGGCAUUGUCCCCCGAAAUUCCAUUUCUCUGUCUUCGGUCGGGAGUUCCUCGCCUAUCACUGCUCCUACCCGCCACCCUGGGCCCCUGGCCACCCCAUCCACAUCCCUUCCCUCGGACAACAUCAGCAUGAUACACGGUCUGGGCCGCUCAAAGGAGGUCAUGAUGGCCGAUCCGUCGGGUAUGGGGAUGGUCGUCAGCAUGGGCGGCGGCAGUGUGUCCAUGCUCGGGUCCGCUCCUUAUGAUCUGAGCGGUGGCGGUAAUAGCCCCGGCGGAGGCGGCUUCCUGCCGUCGCAGGGGCUGGGUGGGAUGGGAAGCUGCGUUUCCGGUCCUAUCUUGAUACCCAGCCCCCUGUCAAAGGCCGUCCACAGCAUGAUACCAACAUACCUCGACGCCUACUGGAACCACCACAGCACCGCGUACCCUCUUGCCCACCGCCACAUGUCUAACGAGUCAGGCGAGGACGUGUUGCGGUGCGCCAUGGCCGCCGUGGGGAGCCAGCUCCUCGACAGCAAGGAAGACCGCAACAAAGGCAUUAUCCUCCAUGACCAUGUCGUCCAGGAGCUGAAGCUGAUUGCGCAAUGGAACCUGCCUAUCAUGCAGGCCAUUAUCUUGUGCGAGUACUUCUCCCGCUUCCGCGGCAAGAAGUCGGUCAUGAGGCCCUCGAAACGGUUCGAGUCUCUGUAUUCGAGGGCACUGAACCGGCUCUCGUCCAUAUUCGAGCACGCCUCCACGGCCCAUACCAGCCCCCACCUAACGACGGAUCAGCGGUGGCGCGCCUGGCUCGACGCGGAGGCCCAUCGCCGACUGCUUAACGCCUGCUUUUCCCUCGACAUCCACACCUCCAUCUACCACGAGCACCACCGAUCCCGCGACUUCGAUAUUUCAGAGCACGGCCGUGUGCCGCCAAUCCCCCUCAUCGGCCGCAGCCGUGAUCUCUGGAAUGCACAGUCGGCUGAGGAGUGGGAUGCCAUCCUGAACCGAGACCCUGACGCGGGAGUGCCGCUGUUCAUUCCUCACCCCGACCAACUCACGCCCAUGAUACCCGAGGAAGGAAGCGCCAGCGGCUGCCAUGGCGUACCACUGAAUACUUUCGACCGCCUGGCCAUCCUUGAUUUCGAGGCAUCUCGCCUUCCGAGACGUAUGGUAGCCGGCUCCAGCCCGAGCAGCUCGGACGGCGGUUCCCCAACCCCUAUUGCCGAUGAGAGCAGACGAGCAGGGGGUGAUUGGAGCGUGCUAGGAGAUUCCUCCACUGGGAGCAUUGGACUUGAUCCUGUUGAUGCAGCCAACCCAGAUCUUGCGUCCUUGGACGUCGAGGCACGCAUCUCGUAUCUAUUCCCGGGCUGUCCUGUUGCCAGCACAUAUCUCGCCCUGCACCACACUCCCCUCCACGACCUUCUCGCGGUCUCCGGCGACAGCUCCAUGCUACCGCAAAAGAGUCCCACCAACAAGCCUACCGUCAACAACAGGAAGCGGCUCCGACUCUGGGUUGAGCAGGGCCAGGUCUCGCCCGCAUCACUCGGCCUUAACAAGUCGGUGGUGAAGGCAACCACAUACGCUGCUCGGGCGCUCCUGGAAUUCUUCGGGCCCGAAGCUUGCCUUGACGCCACAGGGGGCGGCUUUGGGGUUAUGAUGUGUAAGCUUUCGGAUUACUGGGCAGUUUAUGUUUGCGCCCUUAUCUGCUGGUCGUCUGGGCACCAACCGGGCCGCGGAGGAGAACAGAUUGGCUCCGACGUCGCAGUCUCUGAUGGGGAGGCCCUGGAGUGGCUGCGAUCGGCCGCACAUGCACAGCCAGAUGACGCAAACGCGUGGGCGCACAUCUGGGCCAGCAGGGGGGCCAUUGGUGUUGUCAGCCUUGCACGACGCCGCCUUGAGGUCGACCUCAACGGCGCGCGGAGUCGGCUCCAUUCGGACGCUGUGGCCAGGCUGAAGGAGCUCGAGCAAGGCGUCAACUGGAGAGGGUUUUAACCCCCAGCAAAGCCGUUCCCCCCUAUGGAGGCAUGAGUUGUCUCUGUCAACCGACAGGAUUCCACGCGGCCCUCCUUUCUCCUCAUCUUUUCCCACAUUUUCCCCCUUUUCUCCCACGACAACGACGACGACGACGACAACGAUGAAAUGGGCGAUUGUAACAAUAACAACAACAAUAACGGAAUGGUUUGGGGAGGCUCUACAUCUCUUACUUUCCCUUCUCUUCGUCUUACCCCCCUUUUACACUUAUGUCCCUUUACACCCACCCCCUUUACACUCAUAGUUUCUAUACCCCCACCACAUUUGGGCGGCGUUGGAUUGUACAUUGGAGCAUGGUCUUCUUGGAUUGCUAAUUUCCUUACGCACACAUUGUUUGUUGCUUUCAAUUUGUUUUGUUUCUGUUUUGUUUCUUUGACCGCAUUUUCAUGGAAGCUAGACACAGAGGGGUAGGCGAUAAUACCACAGAGGGGAGCGUGGAGUUUUGCUUGCGGUGGGAAAAGGUUUGGGGUUCCUUGCAUGGUGGUUUUGCUUUUAUAUCUUUGCGUUUGCUUUAUUGCCUGCCUACCUUUUUCCGUCCUUAUCAUCGCGGUUUCCUGUUUCCUUGCGAUAAUCCGGCAACGCGCUCCCUAUCGUUUUAUCCAGUAGGCAGCUUGAUGCCACUGGGUCCUCUCGCUAUCAUGUUUCGUUUCUCAUUUCAUUUCUUGGUCUCACUCACUCGACAGGCUAUUUCUGGAUUUUCUCGAGCAUCUUCUCGCCUCCCAGUGGGCUGUCUGGUGGGCGGGGUAUGUAACAAGCAGCCGAGGGCCAUAUUGAAAGCAUCGGGGGAGGGCAUCGCACGCGAGGAUUGAAUGCACACAUAGAUAGAGAUAAACCCGUCAUAGCAUAGCGUCAUACCAGAUAAUCACUAUUUUCACU